AUGGAGGAGAAUGAGGAGCACAUGAAGCAAGUUUUGCAGUGUCUUUGGGAUAAUCAGUUGUACACCAAUAUGACAAAGUGCAAGUUCUUUCAGACAGAGGUGAGAUAUAUUGGCCAUGCCAUAUCAGGAGAGGGUAUCACAGUAGAACCCUCUAAGAUUCAGGCUAUAGUAGAUUGUCUAGUACCCACUAAUAUGGGCGAGGUUCAUAGCUUCAUGGGACUUGUAGGCUAUUAUCACAUAUUUGUUCAGGAUUUCUUGAGUAUUUCUCAGCCUAUCACUUCUCUUCAUAGGAAAGGGAAGAAGUUUGUAUGGUCAGAUCAGUGUGAGAUGGUUUUUCGGAUCCUUAAGGAGCAUUUGACUAGUGCACCUAUUCUAGCAGUGGUAGAUUCUUGCAUGAUGUUGUGGCGUGCACAGAUGCGUCAUUGGAGGGUCUUGGAGCAGUUUUGA